CGAGCGUCAGUUAAAAAAAAGUACUCCGUUGCGUUAGCACGCGGACGGGAGUGAGCCAGAGGAAACCGAUAACGUAGCUCAGCACUUCAGAACAACAAGGCAGAGCACAAAAGCAGCCACCGUGUUGUUCGAACCCCUGACAGGCUGCAGAGGUUUCAACAGGGCAAGACUUGAAGCGGCAAAGAAUGAUUAAACAAACUUGUGUGAAGUUGUUGGUCAUCGUUUGGGCCCUGCAGCUUUGCCUCCCCACGUGCCUCGGUCAGAGGGACUGCACAGAUGUGGACUGUCCUGUACUGGAGAACUGCAUCGAGGAGGUGCUGGAGAAAGGAGACUGCUGCGUGUCCUGUGUCCAGCGAGGUUGCAAGUGUGAAGGUUAUCAGUACUAUGACUGCAUCAGCGCAGGGUUCAGAAACGGAAGGGUUCCAGAGGGAAAGUCCUACUUGGUGGACUUUGGCAGCACAGAGUGCUACUGUCCCACGGGCGGGGGGAGAAUAGCCUGCCACUUCAUCCCAUGCCCUGACAUCCCCUCUAACUGCAUUGAUCUGUCAGAGCCCACCGAAGGCUGUGCCCAUUGUUUGCGGAUCGGAUGCGUCUACAGGAGUCAGAAGUACGAAGCAGGCCACUCCUUCCACAUGGACCCUUGCCAGGUUUGCCACUGUCCAAAUGAUGGAGGAGACUUGAUGUGCUCCACUAUUCCUGAGUGCAAAUCAACAACAGUGAAGGAAGGCAUACUGCCCUCAGACUCCAAGGAGAAUGAACAGAAUGAGAAUGAGCUCCACAUUGCCAAACACAGGGUUCCUGUUCACCCCCCCACCAAACAUCAUCAUAAACUCCCUAUUAAUUCACUGCCCCUUUACACUGAGAACACUUCAGAGUUUGAUGAAAAUGAGGACUCUGAGUAUUUACCUACAGCCAUUGCAAUGUCACGCACAGAAAGUUCUAUUCAGUCUUUUGCAAAUACCAGCCCUGAAGCUCACUUUCCCCUUGUAGAUCAACAUGCAAACUCCAGAAAAGAGCUUAAAGAGAGUCUGGACACAUAUGACACAGAAUUUAGGGAAGCAGGAGAAGACAUGAGCUCUCCUACACCAAUGGUCCCCACCACUACAAUUCAAGAGGGUCAGAAUGUAACUCCUGAAAGAGCUUUGGUUUCAGAGAACCCUGCCUCUCAGCCAGAAACCUCUGAAGGGCGGAGCCCUCAAUACGACCAGACGGAGAAGGCCAGUCUGAUAAGGGAUGGCACACACACUGCCUGGGCUGAUGAGAAGCCAAUCAGCAAUGUUGGUCACCCCCACAGCGAGGGCUAUAGCACCAGCUAUAGGGGCAUGGGGAAGGAUGAGGAAUCUACUUACCGGCAAACAAGGCUACACCCCAUAAGCACAGGACAUAACACUGUUACUGAACUGCAGUUCAACCCCACCAACACACCACCAGUGAAUAGGGAGGAACACAAGUCUCCCAGGCAGCCGCAGACGAUGGUCAGCUACCGAGAGGAGAGCAAACAGGAUGUUAAAGAUAUCUCUCCAAAGUCAGGUGACCAUGGGGUCUCUCCUGGGGAGAUGGUUCAGGUGUGUUGUGAAGCAGGUGAGAACUGGGCUUCUUCUCGUGACGACUGCAACAACAUGGUGCCUCCCAUGUUGGACUCACACUCAGUCUGCUGGACUGCGCAGAGGCAGUGCUGUUUGGGGUCUUUGAGAGAGAGCAGGUGUGUGGCUGGUCUUACUGCAGCCAGGCAGGGACAGGCCUGUGCCGAUGGCCGCAGUGAUGUUUGUGGAACAGACUCCUACAAGGAGUGUUGCAGGUGCUGUGCACUGGGCCUGCGUUUGCGUGUGGAGAGGCAGAACUGUGAGGCUCCCCAGGGCCUGGGUUAUCCGUGCAGACAUGUCAUCCACACAUGCUGCCUGGGGCUGGAUGGAGAUGGCUGGAGCACAAUCAGGGAGAGCGACCAACCCCACCCUACCACCCCACCAAAGCGAGUUUCAGACAGUGGGAACAGGCGUGCUUUCUCCCUGGGAGGGGCUGAGGACACCGAGAACCUGGUGGAGGAGGUGGAGGAGGUGCAGGAAGUGGACGAGUGUGAGUUGUACGCUGGGCAGCUGUGCCCUCAGCGGUGCAUCAACACACCAGGCUCCUACACCUGCGCGUGCUUCCCUGGCUACACGUUACAGCCAGACGGGAUCAGCUGCGUACAGGUGAUGGUAGAUGAGGAAAACACACUGACAGAGAACGAGGCCCCCACAGUGAGCCCAGCUGAGACGCCAUCCUCAGCACCUCCUGGCAUCCCAGGCCCAUGCGAAGGAAUUGGCCCGUGUGAGCAGCAGUGCUCCCUGGUGGCCGGGAGGCCUGUCUGCUUCUGUUUCCCAGGGUUCUCGCUGCUGGCUGACAGACGCUCGUGUGAGGACAUCAAUGAGUGUUUGCUCUCGACUCACACUUGCCAGGUGGAUGAGAGGUGCGUCAACACCGUUGGUCAUUUUACAUGCGAGCAGCAGAUUGUUUGUCCUGCAGGCUAUCAAGUGAGGAGCAGCGUGUGUGAAGACAUUAAUGAAUGCACCCAGGGAACACACAGCUGUGCGCUGGGAUACAAGUGUGUCAACACAGCCGGCUCCUUCAGCUGUCGAGCCAGGGCAAGAUGUCCUGAGGGUUUUAGUCAGGACACACGGGGACAGUGCAUCGACAUUGAUGAGUGCCGGACCGUAAGCCGGCUCUGCACCACUGGCUUCAGCUGCAUCAAUACAGUCGGCUCGUACAGCUGUCAGCGCAAGAACAUCAUGUGCGGCAGAGGCUACCAUGCCAGUGCUGAUGGCAUGAGGUGUACAGAUGUGGACGAGUGUCAGAGGGGUGUUCAUCACUGUGGGGAGGACCAGCUGUGCCACAACCUGCCCGGCACCUACCGCUGCGACUGCCAUACUGGUUACCAGUAUGACAUGUUCAGGAAGAUAUGUGUGGACGUAAACGAGUGCUGGCGGUACCCGGGCGGGCCAUGUGCUCAGACCUGUGAGAACACCCUGGGUUCCUACCGUUGCUCCUGCUCCGCCGGAUUUGCUUUAUCCACCGAUGGCAAGAACUGUGAAGAUGUGAAUGAAUGCCUAGUGAGUCCCUGCAGUCAGGAGUGUGCCAACGUCUACGGCUCCUUCCAGUGCUACUGCAAACAGGGCUACCAGUUGCAGGAGGAUGGACGCACCUGUGAAGAUAUUGACGAGUGCUCCCAGAGGAUCAGUCACCUGUGUGCCUUCAAGUGUGUAAACGUCCCUGGAAGCUACCGGUGUGCCUGUCCAGAACACGGCUAUACCAUGUCCUCUAAUGGGCGUUCCUGCCAGGACAUUGAUGAGUGUGGGACGGAAGCUCAUAACUGCACUGCAGGAGAAACCUGCUACAACAUCCAGGGAGGACACCGUUGUCUGGGCUUCAGCUGCCCCCACAACUACCGCAGGGUGGCGGACACACGCUGUGAACGGCUCAGUUGCUUCAACUUUGUGGAGUGUCAGAACACUCCUGUGAGGAUCACCUACUACCAGCUCAGCUUCCAGACCAACAUCAUCAUCCCUGCCCAGAUCUUCCGCAUUGCUCCUUCUCCAGCCUACUCUGGAGACAUGAUCAUCGUCAGCAUCUCCAAGGGCAACGAGGAUGGUUACUUCAGUGCCAGAAAGCUGAACGCAUACACCGGUGCCAUCUACCUGCAUCGGCAGGUCCAGCAUCCGCAUGAUUUCCUCCUGGAUGUGGAGAUGAAGCUAUGGAGGCAGGGCACCUUAACCACAUUCCUGGCCAGGAUCUAUGUCUUCAUCACAGCCAAUGUGCUCUAGAACGAAUCCUGCUCCAACGUCCAGGGAGGAUUCGGCAGCCUGUCUUUUGGCCGCCCACCAGAUUGCCACAGACUCUUGAACUCAUCCCUGCCUUAUGCGCUUCACAAUCACGGCUCAAACCUAGAUCAUUCAAUCAUGCCUUAAGUUCUAUUUAUUAUUAUGCUUCCUAAGCCUUAAGACCCUGUUGAGCAGAUAGAUGCAACCCAGGGGCCUCAGACUACAGGCUCAGAGGGUCACAGAACUGUUAUGUUAAUUAUAAGGCAGACAGUUGCACUUAUGCCAGUUUAAGUGCUGAAUGUCUCAAACUCAAGGUUCACAGUGUAUUUCUCUCUUUGUCCUGUCUUAAAGCCCCACUGAAAAAAGGGUAAAUAAUACAUUUUAAAAAGCAAUUUUAAAUAAAUAAACAAUUGUACACACAUUGCUAAUUUCCAUUUAAUAUUUAUGAUAAUUGUAUUUCUACUCAUAUAAUAUUUACUGGAUGUAUAAAGUUGUAAGCUGUUACAUUUAUUUUUCUUACUUAUUUGGUAUUAAAAAACAAACAUUUGAAAUGAAUAUGGGUUAUGAUGCAUGCUAAUCAGAACCAUCCACAGUCCUACCCAAUGUCUCAAUUUCAGAGCUUUUCUGAAGUUGAUAUUCGACUAAAUUCACACUCACCUCUCCAGAUUUAGACAUUCUCUGUGUCCACAUUGGGAAGUCUGUUUAUAACUGACAACACUAAUAAGCAGGCAAUACUUUCAAACUCACCAGCGGUUUGAAAAUAUUGAACAUUUGUUUUAUGAAGAGCCUACAAGAAACAUUAGGUCUAGCUUUCUGUACUUGGCUAACAUUACAAAUCCCACCUGACCUCACACUACAGGUUAAAAAAAUAAAUAAAUUGGUUUGAAAAGCAUGUAAUGUAAACCCUAUAAAGAGUGAUUAAAUAUGAAGGAACAUGCCUACAGUGGUGGAUCAUUAUAAUAA